AUGAACAUGAAACAGGGGUGUCUGCAGGGCUGGCAAACUGGGGAUGGCACUUUGCCCAGCACCUGCGGACAGGUGACUGGUGUUUUGGGGUGAUCUGGUGCUGGAGGGUGACGCUGAUGCUAGUUAGACCCUAGAACAGGCAAUCUGGAAAUUCAGAGGGCUAUGGGAGCCACCCUGGCACCCUGGCAUUCCCAGUGCCAUCCGCAGCACAGCACAGCACAGCUCCCCACAGGAUACCCAGCCCGGCUGGUUCAUAGGGUGCUGCUGCUCUCUGCACCAAGGGAUCCCUUCCUACAGCACAGCCAGAGACGCCCCAGCUGCAUUUUUCCCUGUCUCCUCACUGACACAACCAUCAUCCCACCUGCUGGGUGGGGAAUGGAUGGAAACACCCCUCUGGCACACAGCAGCUUGAAUUGCUUUAUGAGAGAGACAAUGCCAGGAAAAAUGUACAAAGGGGUCUCUUUUGCUGGAGGCUCCCAGCAGGGUGAGGCUGUAUUGGUACAGCACAUCAGCUCAUCACCUGGGCGUUACUCCUGCUCCAUGCUCAGUUCUGCACUGAGCUCCAGAUCAGCUCCUGCUGCACAGCAGGUCUCUGGGGCAGCUGGGUGCAGGCAGCCAGGCUCUGGGACAUGCUGUCAGUCCCUGCACAGGCAGGGCUUAUGGGUCUGGGAUCCUCAGUUCUUGUCAGUCAGAGCUGUGGGCAUGAGAAGCAGUGACCUGCUGCUGCUGUGGGACUGCCUUCUCCUCCCUGCACUCCAUCUCUGUGCCCCUUGCCAGCUCAGGAGAGGGAGUUUGGCCUUGGUGCUCCUCUUGAUGCAACUGUAGUGCCAGAACCUGGCUCCAAAGCUGCCUGUGGUGAACCCAAAGCUGGUGAGGCACAGGGGGACCAGCACCUUGCCUACCUGAGGCACUGCAGCAUGGGGGGAUGGCAGGAGCUGCAGGUCACUCAUGGCCACCUGUGUUGGCUCUGAGCACGGUGGGAGGAAGAUGUGACAGGCAUUGCAAGCAGCCCCUCCGGCUGGCCAGGUGUCUCUGUGACCUGCAAUAACUCAGCUGUCCCCUGGCAUCGUGACUGUGUGGGAUGUUGUAAGGAAACACACUUGAUGCUGCAGGAUAUGGCUUUCAGAUGUUACAGCCAUUUCCCCUGCCUGGGGACAGACACAUGGACACCAUGGAGGGAGCACGGCCCUGCUUUCCCCUGAGAUAACCCUGGCUGGGCACUGCCAGCUCAGGUCAGUGCUGGGGCCAUGGGCAGAGUCCCUGUGGCUGUGACAAGUCCCAGCCCUUGGGUUACACACAGGUGGCGACGCCCAGCCCGGCAAGUGGCUUCAUCUAUAACGGGGAGAGCUGCUGACCCAGGGCCGUGUGUGGCCACCAGGGACAUCUCUGCCAUCUGCUAAGCUCGCACCAAAGUGGGGUGACCCUGUGGCUCCUGCUGCUUCCUAACCGGGGCAAACCCCCUGUGCAUCCCCCACCGACCUGGGUCCGCUUCUCUACCCGCUGCUUCCAGCAAGAUCCCAGAUAGGGAAGGAGCAGCAAAGAGAUGACUUUGGGAAUCUGUCCCUGUGGGUAGCCUGAACAAACCCCGAGGCAGCAGCGAGGAGCAGCCCCUCCGCCCGCCGAGGCAUCCACCGAGCCGUGCUGUGCCCGCUCCCCCCGGCGCCGUGCGGGGCUCCUGUGCCUGCGUGAGCCCGUGUGCGCGGAGGCACUCACCAGCCUAUAAAUCUGCUGCCAGGGCUCUUUCCGAACUUCAGCACGUUUCCCGGGGGAAGAGUUAAGAUGCUGCUUGUGCGUCACUGGCCGCAGCGGGCUGCCCGCCGGGGCUGAGCCGGUUCUCCCGCAUCUGCCCCGCAGCUCCAUCCCGCAGCUCCGUCCCGCCGGGCUCCGCCGCUCCCAGCGCAGCGCUCACGGUACGUGCUCGGGGAACAUCCUCCCUCUGCUCCGCGAUGCUAGGAGGUGCAUCGGCUGACGGAUGAGGGGGUAUUCCAGCGUUUUCCCUUCUUUUCUCUUUUUAAUAAAAUACUCGGCUUUUGCAGCGCCAAUUUUUCUUUUCCACCUAAAUCGUUAGGAUUUCUCAACAAUGCUUUAAAGUCUUGCCGUGAGUUUCUUUAUCUGUGUGAGGUUUCUGUUUGUGCUGGGGAUUUAUUCAACAAACCAAACUCCUGGGAAGUUACAGGGCAGGCGGCUGCAGUAACUCUCAACAUACUCCUAACUAACCCCUGUGCCACAGGUAUGUGCCAUAAGUGAAAAAAUGGGGGAGACUUACUACUGAUUUUAUCUUUUUAAAAAACAAACAAGAAAAUCAAUUCCCCAGGCAUAUCCCUGACAGUCCUGGGGAGUUUGCUCUGAUAAAUAAUGUUAUUAAAGAGAUAAAUUUUAAAUAUUACUAUUUUUAAUAGGGUAAAACUACUAUUAUCAAUAGGUGAAAAGAAAAUUUGUUUCCACCUUAUUUUGGGCAAUGGUGCUGGCAUGGUGUUUGCAACCCUGAGUGGUGCCUGUGCUGUUUUCUCUCCUAGAUCUGCACACCAGCAGCAGGGACCAGCAAUCCCCCUUGUCCUUGCUUACCCCCGUGCAGGAGCAGAACUCCACCGGCUGUUCCCAGCGAGGGCGGGCUGGCAUGGCCAUGCUCCAGCUGCACCUGUACCUCACGGCCCUGGGCUGCUGGGUGACACAGCUGUCCAGCUCCCUGCUGCUGCCCAACGCCACCGAGCUGCUGUCCCCGCCCGCGGGCGCGGCCGCGGGGCUGCUCCGGGCCGAGGGGGUCCCGCGGGGCCGGCGGAAGAGAUUCCUGUCCCCCCAGGACAUGGGUGUGAUCCUGGACUACCACAACCAAGUGCGGGCACAGGUGUCUCCACCCGCUGCCAAUAUGGAAUACAUGGUGUGGGAUGAGCGUUUGGCCAGGGCAGCGGAGGCGUGGGCUGCGCGCUGCCUGUGGGACCACGGCCCCCCCGAGCUGAUGAAAUAUGUGGGACAGAACCUCUCCAUCCAGUCGGGCAGGUACCGCUCUGUGCUGGACAUGGUGAAAUCCUGGCACCAGGAGAAGCAGCACUACUCCUUCCCCCAGCCCCGGGAGUGCAACCCCCGCUGCCCCUCCACGUGCAGCGGCUCCGUCUGCAGCCACUACACACAGAUGGUGUGGGCAACCUCGAGCCGCCUGGGCUGUGCCCUGGGCACCUGUGCCAUCGUGCGGGUGUGGGGCAGCACGUGGCGCCAUGCCAUCCUCCUGGUCUGCAACUAUGCCAUCAAGGGUAACUGGCUGGGGGAAGCGCCCUACAAGGUGGGGCGGCCGUGCUCAGCCUGCCCCCCCAGCUACGGCGGGGGCUGCUCCAACAACAUGUGCUUCAGUGGAGUCAAAUCCAACCAAGUCAGCUGGUUCUAGGGCUGCAGCCCCACGAGGAGCCCUGGCAAUGGAGAUGGGGUGAACAACAAUUAUUUAUAACACUGACCCCCCCCAGCAGCCUGGCUGUCCAACCUGCUUCAUCCUAAUGGCACGUAGGAAAAUGCUUUUCUAACACAUCUCCAGCAGUGCUGUCUGGCUGCUUCCCACUUUGGGGGAACUACAGACAGUGCAGGUCCCUAUUUUCUGAAAUGGGGAUGGUUUUGGGGUGCAUGGAGGGAGUGGGGCUGGCUGGCAUGGUCCCUGCUCUGCAGACUCAGAGGGUCUUCCCCUCGGUGCUAAGGCUGGUUCCAAGAUGUAAGUGUUCCAAGAUGUUUCCCUCGUGGUAAGCUGGAUAAGUGGGGAGCCCUGAACAUGCUCCUGCUUCACAGCAGCCCCUCUGACUGUGGAGCCCCCAGCUCUGAGCCCCCAAUAAAGCAGCCUGGAGAUCCCCAUGCUUGUGUUGGUUCUCCCUCACUCGCAGCCUGAAGCCUCGGGGUAACACCGAGCCAGUGACUCUGCUCUGGUUUUGGGGGUAAGCAGCAAAGGGGGGGGCAGAUGCCCUCAGUGGGGCCACGGGCUACGGGCACAGGAGAUGCCUGGGCGCUUUGCUCCAUCGUGUGGGAGAAGCCAGCACUGCUGGGACACGGGCUGGUGGUGACGCUGAAGGGCCACACACUCAGCGUCCCGCCCAUGCUGUCCCACACCAUCCCACUGCUCUACCUCACCCACAGUGCCACUGAGCACCCCAAUAUCCACACCCCUCCCUCUCCAGAACCUCUCAGCACUCAGAAAACUCAGGGAUUCCUGAAUUACAAGUCCUUGGAUCUGAGCAUCCAGCUGUGGAUUCCCGUGCUGCAGACUUCUGCGUCCAGCAGCACUCUCUUCACUGCAUGCUCCCUUGGGAUGUGCUUUUCCAUUCCGGAGGAGCAGAUAUCCCUAAUUUGGCCCCCUCAGGGCUGCAGGCUUUCAAUAGCUGAGGUGUUGAGGGGAUCCUAAGACUGGACCCCUCUGUGCUUCCUCCAGCCUGGUCUCUUCCUGCGAUGUACAGGAGAUAUGGAAGGCUCUGUGCUGAUGGAUAAUCAUUUUUUCAGCUUCAGCUCUGGAUUCCCCACGUCCUUGGUGUCCUCUCAGCAACACUUGUUGCACAUGGCCCUGCUGGCAUCAGCACAGCCCCUGGCAGCCCAGACUGCUCCUGACAUGGAGCCCCCACUGGCACAGGGGCUGCCACAGUCUCAUGGGGAGCCCAUCUGCACAUCUGCUACCAUGAGGUCCUGGAUGCAGCAGUCCCAGAGGGAACACAGAUGACCAUAAGUGGCUGUGGCACCUUGAGAUUUGGGGAACAGAGAGAGACAGGGACGAGCUGCAAGCACCCUGUGCUCAGAGUAUCACCCUGCAUCCACCACAGCAUCCCCAGGCAACCUCUCUGGUUUGGCACCAGGCAGACAAACCCCGACUCGUGGCCUGGGCAUUUUUCCCCUCGUGCCUCAGGCAGGCUCUGCUGUGCCCUUGCCAGUCCCUACACUUGUCCCACAGCCCCUUGCCCCCCAUGCCGUGUUUUCCCUUUGCAGUACACAGUCUCAUACCUGGUUU